CGUGCGCUGCGUCCUGCGUGCAGUUCCCCGCAGCGUCCAAGAGGGGACGUCGCUCUCUUCCUGGGCGCCGCCCCUUUUCCUCCCCCCUCCUCCUCCGCCCUCGGCCAGAGUUUCGCUUCUCGGGCGCCGUAGCUGAAGAAAGGCCCCCUCUCUUUUCCCUCUUCCCCGCUUUCCCUGCGCCCAGCUCGGCGAGGCGGCUACGCGAGGCCGGGGAUUGGCGGAGACGACUAGGCCGCAACCGGUCAAGUUCCUCUUCCUUGAUGUGUGCUGUGGACUGAGGUGAAGAAGGGCCUUCACUGGGUUUGUGCAGUAUGUCCUGCAAACUGACGUCGCUCCCCGUUUGAUGUGUAGAAAGGAGUCGCACUCCUUGGUGCCGGGAGCUUGAGGUCGUUGAUCGCUGGGCGGCCAGAUCUCCCUCCUCGUUGCUGUGCCUCCGCUGGGAAGCUGAAGCCCUUGUUGUGGAAACCCCGGUUCCUCUUCCCCGGCAUGUCGGAGAGCUGGCAGCAGCCGCCACAGCAGCCUCCUCCACAGCAGCAGCAACCUCCCCCGCAGCCGCCCCCUCACCAUGCUGGAGCGGCCGCCCUGCCGGAGCACCCCAUCCCCUCGAACGCCGUGGCGGAGAACACCCUGGGCUGCGCCGUCUACGGCAUCCUGCUCCAGACGGAGCCCAGCGGCCUGCAGCACCACCCUCCCCUCCCGACUGGCGGAGGCGGAGGAGAGCCCUCCCCCAAGUGCGGGGUCUGCGGGCACGACUUGGGGCACCUCUCCAACCCUCAGGAGCACCAGUGCCUAGCUGGGGGACACGACCGCUCCUUCCAGUGCACCCAGUGCCUGAAGAUCUUCCACCAGGCCACCGACCUUCUGGAGCACCAGUGCCUGCAGGUGGAGCAGAAGCCCUUCGUCUGUGGUGUUUGCAAGAUGGGCUUCUCCCUGCUCACCUCACUGGCCCAGCACCACAACGUCCACAACGGCGCCACUGCCGUCAAGUGCUCCAUCUGUGAGAAGACUUACAAGGCGGCGGCUGCCACCGCAGCCUCAGCCCCCGAUGAGCCGGCCCCACCACAGCAGCCGGCGUCGCUCAACCGGGGCCCCAUUGCUGCAGCCGAGAAGCCCUACAGCUGCUCCAUCUGCCAGAAGCCCUUCAAGCACCUCUCGGAGCUGUCGCGGCACGAGCGGGUGCACACCGGGGAGAAGCCCUACAAGUGCAGCCUGUGCGAGAAGAGCUUCAGCCAGUCGUCCCACCUGGUGCACCACAAGCGCACCCACAGUGCCGAGCGGCCCUACAAGUGCUCCGUCUGCGAGAAGGCCUUCAAGCACCGCUCCCACCUGGUGCGGCACAUGUACGCCCACUCGGGCGAGGCCCACCUCUUCCGCUGCAACGUCUGCGAGCUCCACUUCAAGGAGUCCUCGGAGCUGCUCCAGCACCCCUGCACCCCCAGCGGGGAGCGGCCCUUCCGCUGCGGGGCCUGCCCCAAGGCCUUCCGCCGGCCCUCCGACCUGCGCCAGCACGAGCGCACCCACAGCACCGAGCGGCCCUUCCAGUGCGACCUCUGCCAGAUGAGUUUCAAGCAGCAGUACGCCCUCAUGCGCCACCGCCGCACCCACAAGGCGCUGGUGGCCAUGGGAGGGGUGGCCGGCGUUGCUGGGGUCGGUGUCGCUGCUGUUGCAGCCGCUGCCGCCGCCACUCCCUCCGGGGAGCCGGAGCUGCAGACGGGGCCCUUCAAGUGCUCCCUGUGUGAGAAGGGCUUUGUGCAACCGGCCCACCUGCUCUACCACCAGCACGUCCACGGCAUUGAGAAUCUCUUCAAGUGCAACGCCUGCCAGAAGGGCUUCAGCCAGUCCUCGGAGCUGCUGCGCCACCGCUGUGUCCAGAGCGCUGAGCGGCCCUUCAAGUGUGCCGCCUGCAGCAAGGCCUACAAGCGCGCCUCGGCCCUCCAGAAGCACCAGCUGACCUCCCACUGCGCCGAGAAGCCCCUCCGCUGCACCCUCUGCGAGCGGCGCUUCUUCUCCUCCUCCGAGUUCGUCCAGCACCGCUGCGACCCGGCCCGCGAGCGGCCCCUCAAGUGCCCUGACUGCCAGAAGCGCUUCAAGUACGCCUCGGACCUGCAGCGCCACCGGCGGGUCCACACCGGGGAGAAGCCCUACAAGUGCCCCUCUUGCGAGAAGGCCUUUAAGCAGCGCGAGCACCUCAACAAGCACCACGGCGUCCACACCCGGGAGCAGCACUACAAAUGCAUGUGGUGCGGGGAGCGCUUCCUGGACUUGGGCCUGCUGCAGGAGCACAGCGCCCAGCACACCGCCACCGAGGCCGCUGCUUACCCCGUGGCCCCUUGCCUGCCCUGAGCAGACAGGAGGGCCGUCACCAACCUCCAGGCGCCCUUUCAUUCAAUGGUGAGGGGGAAAAUCACACUCAGAAGUCCUUCAAGUGGGCGCAACGUAAGUGGAUUCGGGAAAGGAAAGAGCAGCAGGCCCUGACGGGAUUUGCAUGCUGGCUGCUCAGACUGUGCCCUCCUUGCAUCCCUCUCGUCGUUCCCAACUUGGGAACUUGCAACCACUUCAGCCAGCCUUGACAACCCAAGCACUGCAUCCCUUUCCAUUGAACUUCCCAGUCUCAUUAGAAUCCUUUCCAACACAUGAGUCUGUCUGCGGGACGGAAAUGUGAUCCCUGAAAGGAUAUCACUGUGGUUUUUGAGAGGCAGGGUUUGCAAACCACAAAACGAGACAAGUGCGGUCAAGGAUGGACUUGGUUCCCACACUGUAUCCCCAGGGAAGGUUUCUUGCAUGCACACACUGAGAGGUGCUGGUGCAUGUUCUUUCCUUUUUGCCAUGCAUCUCUGGGAUGUGGCGCCAAUUUCCAUGGUUUCAGUCAUUCGAAACCAGCACCCUCCCCUCGCUUCUAGGGUUUUCAAAAGAAAGAGAGAAGACAGGAGGCCAUGGAGAGGAGCGGGAGGACAGACUUGAUAUAUUUAUCGCCAACUUCUGACAUGAGUAUAACAGAUUGGCUUCCCUGUGUAAUUUCUGGACAUCACAGUUAAAAGAAGGGUCUUGUUUACUUGCAACUGAAGCAUUUGGGCAAUGAGCAUUACGAGUGCAUCCGUGCGUCUGCGAUUCUCAAGAGUGCCCUUUGGUCAUGUGUCUCAUGAGCCAGCGUUGGCAUCGCUAAGCGCCUUUCUUUGAGACGAUGCUUUGGGACUGGCAUCUCUGUGCUUGUGGGAACAUGCCUGUCUCUGCCAUUAAAAGCCACAGCCCCACAGACACUAUAUCAGAUAGGGAAAUGGGGCCUUGGAAAGUUUGCGGAUGUUCCUCUAGCUGGACGUUUUCUUGCCCAAAUCCACCCUGCAAGUUGUGCCCUGUUCCAAAGAGACUGGAAAGGCAACUGCAUCUCUCCUUUUAUUUAGGACUCGCUUGCUUGGCCUUGGUUCCUUUCACGGCACCUCAAGAUGUACAGAAACUAACUUUUAUGGAGUUUGUCUUCAUUAUUUUUCAUAUUGCUUUUUUUCAAAAAAGCAGUUUAAUAUUCAUUAAAAACCUGUGUAGCCCAGAAUGCCCCCCUUCGAUUCCUUACAAAUUGACAGGUCACUGCAUUUUGAGGCAUUACCAAGCCAUCAGCACAUGUGCUCAAUUCCUAUUUCUGCAUUCAGUCCUGAAAGGGGAAUCCUCCCAAACCUCUUCUCCGGGGAGGAAUUGUGUCUUUGCAGACAGGAGGAUGGCUGGUCGGAGGGAAGGGCGGGCCUCCUGGGUUGCUGGGACCGGAUGUUUGGAAAUGGAAACGGCCCCUUUAUCUGGACGACACAUCGGAGAGUUUUCUUGGGAACGGCCUGGGAGAAGCAUUCCUUGUUUUCCCUUCUUUAAUGUCUGAACUUCCUUUCCUCUCUCGAUGGGCCUCUAUUGUUUCUGUGAAAAUGUUUUGCAAAUCCCAGAAUCAUAGUUAGGGCCCAUAACCAAUGGAACAUGUUAGACAAGUUUGGGGAAAAGGGAGUUAUAGUUCACCUGCAUCCAGAGAAACUGGCCCACACCGACAAUGGAUCGGUACCAAACUUUGCACAGAGAAGCCGCAUGACCAACUGAAGGGGUUUGUGGGAAUGGGCCUUGAUUCUGGGAGUUGUAGUUCACCCGCAUCCAAAGAGCACUGAACCUAGCCAACAACUGAUCUGGACCACACUUGGUACACAAACCCAAAAUGGCCAACUUUAAAUACUGGCAGGGUUUGGGGAGGAUUGACCCACGAUUCUGGGAAUUGUAGUUCACCCACUCCAAACAGAAUACAUAACAUUCAAAGACAAAUCAUGCCUUUUUCAAAAAACCCGGGUAUCGCUGGGUCCUCAAACUAUUAAAAUAAUAAUAGUAUAAUAAUUUAUAAUAAUAACUAGCUGUGCCUGGCCAUGCGUUGCUGUGGCGAAGUAUGAUGGUAUGGGAAAUAAAGUAUUGAGGAAUUGGUGGUAGUUAAGGUAAAGGGUAAAGGUUUUCCCCUGACAUUAAGUCCAUUAUAAAUGGGUUAUAUAGCUGUGUGGAAGGGCCUUGAGUCUACACUGCCAUAUAAUCCAGUUAAAAUCAGAUAAUCUGUAUUUUAUAGGCAGUGUGGAAGGGGCCUGAGGCCUAGCUCUGCCUGACCCCUGGGCUGAGUGGGUGGCUUGGAGACCAAGUGGGCUAAAACUAUUUAGGUGCUUGUGAUUUUCUUUUUUUCAUCAUUUUAAAAUGUAUUUAUUUAUGCAAUGCUUUUGACAUGAAAUAAAAAGUGGGCGGAGCUUAGCCUUCUAACUGGCA